AUGAAUUCAGGAGGUAAAUAUGACCAUGAAAGACAACGAGAAGCCACCGCACAUUGGAUUAUGAUGCAUGAACAUGCAUUUACUAUUGUUGAGGAAGAAGGUUUUCAUUUUAUGAUGAAGUGUUCUAAUAUUUCAUAUGAGAAAAUUAGUCGGAAGACAUUGAAGAAUGAUUGUAUUGUUGUUUAUGAAGCUGAAAGAAAAAAGUUGAAGUCUACUUUAAGGACAGUAAAUAAGAUUUGUUUGACCACUGAUUUAUGGAAGUCACAAAAUCAGAAGAUAGAAUACAUGGUGUUAACUGGCCAUUUCAUUGAUGCUGACUGGGUUUUGCAGAAACGCAUUCUUAGUUUUGUUCAUGUUCCUCCUCCUCAGCGUGGUGUUGAUAUUGCUGAUGCUAUCUUCAAAUGUCUUAAAGAUUGGGGUAUUGAAAAUAAAAUAUUUAGCGUGUCAGUGGAUAAUGCAUAUUACAACGAUAGAUGUUUGAAAGAGUUAAAAGUUCUGAUUUUAAGGCACCAGAAAUUAGUGUUAGAUGGAAAGUUAUUUCAUGUGCGUUGUUGUGCGCAUAUACUAAAUUUGCUUGUUCAAGAUGGUAUUGGGAAAAUAGCAAAAAUAGUUGAAGACGUGCGUGAAAGUGUGAAGUUCAUCAAUCAGUCUGAAGCAAGGUUGCAAACAUUCUCACAAAUAGUUCAACAACUAAAGCUUGGUGGUAAAAAAUUAAUUCUUGAUUGCCCUACUCGUUGGAACUCCACCUAUCAAAUGUUGUCAGUUGCAAUGCAGUUCAAAGAAGUCUUCCCUCGUUUUCAAGAUCGAGAACCAAGCUAUACAACUCUUCCAGAUGAUGAUUGGGAAAAGGUUGAAAAAGUUUCAAAGUUGCCAGAGGUAUUUAAUGUUGUUACAAAUAUUAUUUCAGGUAGUGAAUAUCCAACUGCUAACUUAUAUCUUGCUGAGGUAUUUCGAAUCAAACUAGUUUUAGAUCAAGCUAUCCAAGAUGAAUCUGAUUUUAUGAAAGAAAUGGCAAAAGCGAUGAAGGGAAAAUUUGACAAAUAUUGGAGCCAAUGUAAUCUUGUUAUGUCGCUUGCUUCUGUUUUGGACCCUAGGAUCAAAAUGAUGGGUGUUAACAUGUGUUUUCCCUUAAUUUAUCCGGAAGUUGAAGCUAGAAAAAAUAUAGAAAAUGUGCGUAUCGCGCUUGAUGAAAUAUAG